AAUACAAACAUAUAAUACAUUGAAUUACUUAUCAAAACAUUGAAUACAUUUAGUAGUGUUUUGUAUGCAAACAAUAUCAACGAAACAAUUAGUCGGACAACAAAAACAAAGACAACAAUAAUGGAGGAGAUUAUGGCAGCAGUCGAUGAUCUCAUGUUUGACAUCGAGAGGGAUUUGGACCAACAAGUCGGGGCAUUGCCGCUACCAUUUCCCGGAAUGGACAAAUCGGGUGCGGCCACGUGUGUGUUUCAUUUGCGCGGUUCAUGUGUACGGGCAGCUGCCUGUCCUUAUCGGCACAUCAAAGCCGAUCGGACAGUGGUCUGCAAGCAUUGGCUUCGGGGUCUGUGCAAGAAAGGUGAUCUUUGCGAGUUUCUUCAUGAGUACGAUAUGUCCAAAAUGCCAGAAUGCUAUUUCUACUCCCGAUUUCACGCCUGUAGUAACAAAGAGUGUCCAUUCCUGCACAUUGAUCCCGAAUCUAAAGUACGCGACUGUCCGUGGUAUGACCGAGGUUUCUGCAGACACGGACCUAACUGUCGUCAUCGACACACCCGCCGAGUGGCGUGUAUUAACUAUUUGUCGGGUUUCUGUCCGGACGGACCCGAAUGCAAGUUUGUUCACAUGAGAUUUGAUUUGCCGCUAACGUCCGAACAGUUGACCAACAAGAAGGGUCAAGUGGUCUGUCAUUUCUGUAAUGAAAGCGGACAUAAGAUAUAUCAGUGUCCGGCUAUGACUGCCGAACAACGAGAGGAAGCUAUUCAACACAAAUUAAAUCAAUUACAAGAACAACAACAACUUCAGCCAAACAACAACCAUAACAGUAAUAAUAAUAAUAACAACAACUUUAACAACAAUUUUAAUAACAACUUCAACCACAACAACAACAUCAACACUAUCGCUGAAAUCCAGUAUCCGAUGACUAACAAGAAUAAUCUAAACGAUGGCCAAAGUAAGGAUCAAAAAGAGCGAUCGUAUCGACCCCUGGAUCAGGUGACGUGUUUCAAGUGCGGCGAAAAGGGUCACUACGCCAACAAGUGUCCAAAAGGACAUCUGGCUUUCCUAAGCAGUGCUCUUAAGGAACUACAAACCAAACGUGAUUUCAAUGGCAUUAAUGAUUGAUUAAUUAAUUGACAACAAAAACAAAAUGUGUUUAUUUUUUAUUAUUGAUUUUUCAA